GUCGUGGGACGGCAUGACAAGACAGCUCUCCGGGGAUCCAUUCCUCCCCUUCGCGAGAGGAUCCAGUUUGCAUCAAGACAUAAGCGAGAGACACAAAGGCGGAAGAUAAGAUGGCGUGGGACCAGAAUGCACGAAAUCCCUUGUGCCAGUUUGGAGGUUCACCUUCCUUGCUUCUCUGUUACUCCAGGGCUGCCUUGAGCCAGCUGAUCAGGGCCACCACUGAACCACCUAAAAAGAAGCCAGACCCUGUCACUUCAGAGACUGUGGUGAUCUGGGGCUUACGACUCUGGCAAGUGGUUGGGAUCUUUGCCAUUUUUGUCCUGAGCGUGAUCAUCACCCUCUGUUGCAUCUUCAAAUGCCGCAUCCCAAGGACCAAGAAGGAGAUCGAAGCGCGAUACGCCAAGCGCAGGGCUGCCAAGAGAUACGCGGACAAGUUGGAAUCAGUGCCACCGCUCAAUGAGCUGACAGAGAUCCCAGGAGGCUCCACGGAAAGCCUGCCGACUCUUUCUGGCCAAGUCGAAUCCCGUCCGCUCAGCUCCUUGCCGGUGGUGAAAGAGGAAGAUGAAGUGCCCCUGCAUGGCCACUAG